AUGGUAGGCAGGGCCCUUGACCUCCUUGGCUCCCUGGUUCCCCCCGACGUCCUUGGCGUCCUCGAUAUCCACGACGACCUCGAUCUCCUUGUUUUCCUGUUUCCCCUCGAAACCCUUGAUACCCCCGAGGCCCUGGAUUUCCCCGAGGCCCUGGAUUUCCCCAAGGCCCAGGAUAUCCCCGAGGCCCUGUGUUUCCCUGAGGCCCUGUGUUUCCCUGAGGCCCUGUGUUUCCCUGAGGCCCUGUGUUUCCCUGAGGCCCUAUGUUUCCCGGAGGCCCUAUGUUUCCCUGAGGCCCUGUGUUUCCCUGAGGCCCUGUGUUUCCCUGAGGCCCUAUGUUUCCCUGAGGCCCUGUGUUUCCCUGAGGCCCUAUGUUUCCCGGAGGCCCUGGAUCUCCCCGAUGCCCUGGAUCUCCCCGAGGCCCUGGAUCUCCCCGAGGCCCUGGAUCUCCCCGAGGCCCUGGAUCUCCCCGAGGCCCUGGAUCUCCCCGAGGCCCUGGAUCUCCCCGAGGCCCUGGAUCUCCCCGAGGCCCUGGAUUUCCAUGAGGCCCUGGACUUCCCCGUGGGCCUUGGAUUCCGUCCUCACCUCGUGCACCGUCCUCGCCUCGUGCACCAUUUUCCCCCCGAGACCCACGGGCACAUCUUCUACAAAUUAAACACCACCCAAGAAUAA